AUGGGAACAGCAAAGGCUCGUGCUACUCCAAGAACACCCGUGGCAACCACACAACCCUCGGAGACGUCGCGCUACCUGCCUGACACGACCUUCAUCAUCGACAAUGGCGCGUAUAUGAUCAAAGCUGGCUACGCCGGUCAUGCUCCGGUUCCUGAAGAUCCCAUUUCUACCUGCUCCUCGAUACCCAAUGCUCUUGUCAGAACCCGCGACAACAAGAUCGUCAUCGGCGCUCAAUUAGCGACUGUCACCGACUGGAAUGAGGCGAUGUUCCGGCGCCCGGUGGAGAAAGGAUAUGUUGUGAACUGGGAAGCUGAGAGGGAGAUUUGGGAUCAGUCUUUCUUUGAUGGGAAGCCGACCCCUCGGAAUAAACAACACCACAUUGCGGAUCCAGAGGAUACUACUCUCGUGCUCACAGAGGCGCCGAAUGCCUUGCCCAUUCUACAACGGCACACGGAUGAGAUGGUCAUGGAGGAAUGGGGAUUUGGAGGAUAUGCAAGAUGCUUGGGUCCAACCCUAAAUGCGUGGAACGAAAUCCAUUCUCUUUUCGGCGAUCCUCUCUCCAAUACAUCCGAUGCCUCUGUCCUGCCUGCAGAUUGCUUGCUGGUCGUGGACUCUGGCUACUCUCAUACCACAGUGACGCCGGUAUACAAAGGCCAAGCUCUCCAACGUGGAGUCCGAAGACUCGAUCUCGGAGGCAAGCAUCUUACAAAUUACUUGAAGGAGAUCGUGUCAAUGCGGCAAUACAACAUGGUGGAUGAAAGCUACAUCAUGAACGAAGUCAAAGAGGCAGUCUGUUAUGUCAGUAAUGACUUCGCUAAUGACUUGGAGAAAACGUGGAAAGUUGGUCGGAAGCGCCAGACUAGCCUUGAAGAGGGAGUUGUGGUGGAUUAUGUGCUCCCGAAUGCCAACAAUAAGGGCUUCACUCGACCUCACGACCCUCUUCUACACGCCAAAAAGAAGAAAGGAGCACUUUCAGGUCUCAGUGCUGAAGUGCUGUCAGAGGAUGUCUUAGUACUGGGCAAUGAGCGUUUUUCUGUCCCGGAGCUUCUGUUCACUCCGGGAGAUAUUGGUAUGCAGUCUGCCGGGAUACCUGAUAUGAUACUUCAAAGUUUAUCAGCUCUGCCUACAGGCCUGCAUUCGGCGUUCUUGGCGAAUGUUUUGGUCGUCGGAGGAAAUGCGUUGAUUUCGGGAUUCAUGGAAAGAUUGGAAACCGAAUUGCGGCAAAUUGCCUCUUCCGAAUGUGUCGUGAGAGUGCGUCGGGCUAAGGACCCUAUUCAUUCGACAUGGCUAGGCGGUACUCGUCUUGCUAAUAACAAAGAGGAACUCAGCAAGGUAGCCAUCACGCGCCAAGAAUAUCAAGAAUACGGGUCAGGAUGGGCCGUUCGACGAUUUGCUGGCCUUUCAUAA